GGGGGGGAGCGGGAGCGGCGUGGCCGGCUCUUGCGGGGCGGCCUCGGCCGCUCGCCGGUUUCCCGCCGCCGGAGCCGCCCUCGCCCCCACCGAGAGGGUCGCUCCCAUCCGCUGCGGGGGGGUGCCGGCGCCGGGAGCGGCCGCGGGCUGGUCGGUGACGGGGGCUUCCCCCCCCCAUUCCCCCCCCGCCCGGCGCAGUGGGAGGCGCCCGGUCUGCCGCGUCACCCAUUGUUUACAAACCAACCCCAGCGGGCCGAGCUCCAGCUUCAACCGCAGCCGCCGGAGCCGCGUGUGCUCGGGGCGGCGGGCGGCGGCCCCGGGUCCCGCUGCGGCACGGCACGGCAGGGCGCCGGCCGAGAUGCCGUGCCGCCCGGGCGAGCGUUUCCUGCUGUUGGAGCGCUCGGUCGCCGUGGGGCAAGCGGGCUCCAAGGAGGUGGACGCGCUGGUGGCCAAGCUGGGCGAGGUGCUGCAGCUCAGCGCCCAGCGGGCGCCGCCGCCGUCCCGCGGACCCAAGCACCUGGGGCCGGGCAGCGCCCGCGACCGCGCCGCCCCCUACUCGCCCCGCUGCAGCGGAGGGGGCCUCCUGGCGCCGCGGGGACCGGCCCCGCCGCAAGCCCACCCGCAGCACGCCGAGCCGCCGCGGCCGGAUAGGAGCGGACAGCAGCGGGUGACCAAGCAGCUGUGCGGCCGGGGCUGGCUGCGGAGCGCCGCCCGCCGGAGGAAGCAACCGCCGCCGGGUCCGGGUGACGGGCCGGCGGAGGAGGAGGACCCCCACCGGCUUCUGCAGCAGCUCAUCCUCUCCGGAAACCUCAUCAAAGAAGCCGUCCGGCGGCUGCAGCUAGCGGCGGCAGCGGCGGCGGCGGCAGCCUCCACGGCCUCCAGCGGCAGCGCCUCGGCGGGGAGCAGCGGCGCGGACGGCGAGGCGGCGGCGGUGCAGCCCCUGCAGUAGCCGGCGGGGACGAGCGGCGGCCGGGCGUUGGAGCGCGGCUGGGGCGGCGGCGGCGGCGGCGCGGAGCCCCCCGCCGAGCGGACUGCGGGAGCGCGGUGCUGGCUCCGCCGCGAUGUAAGUCUCCCCCCCGGCCCGCGGCGGAGCGGCGGCGGGGUGUCGCCUCUUCCCCCCCCCCCCCCGGUGCCGG